AUGGCGGCUUACCUACAUCCCUUUGACCCUAUCACUCCCGGGGAGAUCCAAUUGGCGGUUAAGAUCCUCGAGGCUGCCUUCCCCGGAGUCCCGCUGAGAUACAAGAAGAUCGAUGUCAAUGAACCCUUGAAGAAGGAGGUUGUUCCGUACAUCGAGGCAGAGAGAUUGGGGAAGCCCCUCCCCGCGAAGCCGACCCGGCUAUUGCAAGUGCUGUUCCACCGUCUGGACAGUGGGGCAUUCCACAAGGCGUUGUUGAAUGCGGGAACGAGAUCGAUCAUCUAUGCCAAGGAGCUGCCGAAGGGAGUACAGGGGCCCGGUGAUGCGGAUGAGAUCGUUGAAAUCGAACAACUGUGCCUCAAACAUCCCGCUGUGCAAGCGGAGAUUGCCAAGCUGCAGCUGCCUGCCGGUGUCAGCGUGUGCAACGACCCCUGGAUUUAUGGCACCGACGACCCCAAAGAGACUCGCCGGCUAUGGCAGUGCUACAUGUACGUGGUGACCACGGACCACCCUCAGAACAACCACUAUUCGACCCCUUGCAAAUUCUCGCCCGUUUUCGAUGCGCUCACCCAUGAGCUGGUCCGUAUGGACUAUCUGCCUAGCAGCGCAGAGGCCAAAGGUGUGGAGACUCAGCCAUGGAAGGUGGUUGAGACAGUUCAGUAUGCGCAUGAUUUGCUCGGCGAACCCUUGCGGACGGAUCUGAAGCCCUAUAUUGUCCAGCAGCCGGAGGGGCCUUCCUUUUCCGUGAAAGGGCGGGAGAUUUCGUGGCAGAAGUGGAAGUUCCGCGUGGGUUUCAAUGCGCGUGAAGGUUUGGUCAUCUACAACACUACUUAUGACGGACGCAAUGUCUUCUACCGGUUAUCCGUAUCGGAGAUGACCGUUCCAUAUGGAGACCCUCGUGCUCCCUACCACCGCAAGCAGGCCUUUGACGUCGGCGAUGUCGGGUUCGGCAUCACGGCCAACCAGCUCUCUCUCGGGUGCGAUUGCUUGGGUCACAUCAAAUACUUCGAUGGCUACCGGUCGGAUUCGAAGGGUAACCCGGUGCACCUUGAGAACGUGAUCUGUCUGCACGAGCAGGACAAUGGUCUCCAGCACAAGCACACCAACUACCGCAGCGGUGCUGCUACCGUCGUCCGCAACCGCCAGCUGGUGGUGCAGAUGAUCUGUACUGUCUCCAACUACGAGUAUAUCUUCGCCUAUAUCUUCGACCAGGCUGCCAACAUCGAACUCGAGGUCCGCGCCACCGGUAUCCUGUCGACCGUGCCCUUUGAUAACUCCAAGUUCGGCACCACUGUUCCCUGGGGAACCAAUGUCGGGCCCGGUGUCAUGGCUCCCUUCCACCAGCACAUGUUCUCCUUCCGCAUGGACCCUGCUCUAGACGGACACAAGAAUACGGUGUAUUAUGAAGACAGCGUUCCUAUGCCCGAAGACGAGAGCAACCCGUAUGGGGUGGGAUACGUCACGGAACAAACCGUCCUGAGGACCAGCGGCACCGCCAACACCAGUGUGGAUCGGCACCGUGUCUUCAAGAUCCGGAACGAUGCCUGCAUCAACCCUAUCACAUACAAGCCAGUGGCCUACAAGUUGCAGACCGUGCCAAGUCAGAUGCUGCUGGCAAGCCCCAGAUCCUUCGGGCACAAGCGCGCUGAAUUUGCGACCAAGCCCAUCUGGGUGACCAAGUAUCAGGAUGACGAGUUGUUCGCGGCGGGAGAAUUCACCAACCAGAGCCAGAAGUCCGAGGGGGUGGAAACAUGGGUCAAGCGCAAUGAUCCCGUGGAGAAUGAGGAUCUGGUUUUAUGGCAUAGUUUCGGUCUGACGCACAACCCUCGUAUCGAGGAUUUCCCUGUGAUGCCGGUCGAACGAGUCAGUGUCAUGCUCAAGCCAGACGGAUUCUUCACCAAGAACCCCGCGCUGGACGUCCCUCCAUCCUCCCAAUCGUUCAACAAGUCGACACUGCACCCCGAGCCAGUGGCAUGUUGCGGCCCGGCCAAGGGCAAACUAUAG